CUGGCUUGUUCAGCUGUCUAUUUCAAAAGUGCUUCCAUGUUGCUUUCCAGAGGAAUUCAGAGAUUCAAAAGGAGGAUGAUUGCUUCUAAAGCCUAGAUUUCAGAAUCAAAAUAGCCUAGGAAUCCUAGAAGCCUAGAAGCCCAGGACCUUGAUGCUGUAUGAAUUCUUCAGUUGCUGUACAGGGUCUUUUUGAGGGGUAGGCUGCUGGCGAGCUACUUCAAAAUCAGACACACCUUUGGGCUGGGCUAUUUUGGAAACUAAGUAAUUGAUGAGGCUCAAGUAUGGUCUGCUAGGAACAAGUGAUUUUAUUGUGUGUUUUUACACACACUUUGAUCAGCUGAUGCAGUUGACUGACAGUCUCCUCUGUAAACUGAGGGCAGAGGAGUGGUGACCUGCAGUGAGCCUUUCCUGACUUUUUCCCAAAGUAGGGAUUGCUGGCUUUCAGGCAGCUAGGCAAGAGAGGAAAAGGGACGUGAUAUGGGGGUACCUUUAUUUGGGGAGAGCAAUCCCUUCUAUUCCCGGAUAUGGAGUGAACUGAGUCAGAAGCUGCAAGGCAAAAAAUCCUGGGAUAAACAUCUGGAUGAAAUCUAUUUACUCCAGCAGAAGAGGAUCUGGGAAUCCCCACUCCUUCAGGCUGCCAAAGAGAACAACCUUGCUGCCAUUAGGAAACUUCUCACUGAUGGAACAUGCGAUAUCUAUCAGAGAGGCGCAGUGGGAGAGACUGCCCUUCAUGUAGCUGCCAUGUAUGAUAACUUGGAGGCAGCAGUGGCUCUGAUGGAAGCAGCUCCUGAGCUUAUCAAUGAGAGGAUGACAUCAGAACUUUAUGAAGGGCAGACAGCUCUCCACAUUGCAGCAGCCAACCAGAACACCAUGUUGGUGAAGGCUUUGCUUAAGAGAGGAGCCAAUGCCAGCACAGCAAGGGCCACUGGGCACUUCUUCAGGCGCAGCUCCCAGAACCUUUUCUAUUUUGGAGAACAUGUUUUAUCUUUUGCUGCCUGUGUGGGAAAUGAAGAAAUUGUGCAGCUGCUCAUUGAAAAUGGAGCUGACAUUAGAGCUCAAGAUUCUCUGGGUAACACUGUUCUUCACAUCCUGGUUCUCCAACCUAAUAAGACGUUUGCCUGCCACAUGUACAGCCUGAUACUGUCCUAUGACAGGAACAAAGAGGGACCAGGGUCACUUGAACUGAUUCCUAACAAUGAGGGGCUUAGUCCAUUCAAACUGGCUGGAGUUGAGGGCAACACUGUGAUGUUUCAGUACCUUAUGCAGAAGCGGAAGCAGAAUCUCUGGUCCUUUGGCCCCUUGAGCACUGUGCUGUAUGAUAUCACAGAGAUUGACUCCUGGGCUGAAGAUCAGUCCUUCCUCGAGCUCAUAGUAUCCACCAAGAAGAGAGAGGCACGCCAGAUCUUGGACCUAACACCUGUGAAGGAGCUGGUGAGCCUGAAGUGGAACAUGUAUGGUCGUCCCUAUUUCUGUUUCCUGGCCUUAUUCUACAUCCUCUACAUGGUGUGCUUCACCAUGUGCUGCGUCUACCGACCUCUGAAACCCCGCACAGGCAACAGAACCAGCAGCAGGGACAACACAGUCUAUGUCCAGAAAAUGCUUCAGGAAUCAUAUGUGGCAUAUGAAGAUGAACUGAGGCUGGUGGGGGAACUGAUCACAGUCAUUGGAGCUGUAGUAAUUUUGGUCCUUGAGAUUCCAGAUAUCCUUAGAGUUGGAGCAGCUAAAUACUUUGGACAAACAAUCCUAGGAGGGCCUUUCCACAUCAUUGUCAUCACAUACGCUUGCAUGAUCCUGGUGACCAUGGUGAUGCGCCUCACCAGCACAACUGGGGAGGUGGUGCCCAUGUCCUUUGCCCUGGUGCUGGGCUGGUGCAAUGUCAUGUACUUCGCUCGGGGCUUCCAGAUGCUCGGACCUUUCACCAUCAUGAUCCAAAAGAUGAUAUUUGGAGAUCUCAUGCGGUUUUGCUGGCUCAUGGCUGUGGUGAUAUUGGGCUUUGCAUCAGCUUUUUACAUCAUCUUCCAGACAGAGAACCCUGAAAACCUUGGGCAGUUCUACAACUAUCCCAUGUCCUUGUUCACCACUUUUGAGCUGUUCCUCACUAUCAUUGAUGGCCCUGCAAACUAUGAUGUGGACCUGCCCUUUAUGUACAGUGUGGUGUACUUUGCUUUUGCCAUCAUUGCCACCCUCCUUAUGCUCAACUUGUUAAUUGCCAUGAUGGGUGACACCCACUGGAGAGUGGCCCACGAGCAGGAUGAGCUCUGGAGAGCCCAGGUUGUUGCUACUACUGUGAUGUUGGAGCGGAAACUGCCGCGGUGCCUGUGGCCGCGCUCGGGAAUCUGUGGGCGGGAGUUUGGGCUGGGGGACCGAUGGUAUCUCAGAAUUGAAGACAGGGUUGAUCCCAACAAGCACAAGAUGAUGCGGUACACAGAGGCAUUUAAGGUUCAGGAUAGGGAUAACUAUGACAAAGGUUCAGAAAAGCUGGAGACCAACAGGGACACUUUGUGCAAGAAGGAAGCAGACAGAGCAGUGUCUGCUCUGUCACUGUCACGGAGCACAUCCAGAGCUAGUUCUCACCGUGGCUGGGAGAUACUGAGGCGCAACACCUUCCGCCAGCUCUGUGGAGAGGUCAGUCCUGCCAUGGAUGAGGAGGUCUAUGAUGUCUAAGAAGCCUCUGUUUUCACUCCACAGUAUGUGAAGUGGCCCUUUUGUCAUGACAGUUGUCUUCUACAGCUGUUCAUACACUCCCCAUCACGCCACACACAUUCGUCAGCCUUGGAGAACUCUGCUGGUGAAGAUUUUGUGAGCAGUUCAUGACAUCUGGGCUAUGGCAAAAUAAUGCAAUCUUUUCUCUCCUACUUGUAAGCCUCUUUGCAAUUGCACUGAUAUUUGCACCAAGCUGGUGGGUUUAUUGAGCUGUGUUAUGCAAAUAAUCAAAAGAAGCCUGCAAUGGGAUUUCAUCCAUUUACAAUGAAGUGAUAACAGUAAGCCCUCUUCCAGACUGUUACAUAGAGUAUAAUCUUCCCCCCCAGUUUCAUGAAAUUGCAAGGCUCUCAUAGCAAAGAAUGACUGAAGUUCUGAUUUAUGAUUUGACACAGAACAGAAAAAAACCCAAACUCCCCCAAACCCCACAAAUCCUGUAACUGAUCUCAGGAAUGAAGGUAGUUGUUGACACUGUGAUGAUCAAAAAGGACUGUAACUACUCAGCUGGCAUUCAGGGACUGACAGAUUCUGCCCUCUGAAGAAAGGCAGUCUCCAUUAACUGCAAUUUCAACAUUUCUGGCUUAGCAGGACUGUUUUGGUUUGCUUGUUUGGAUUUUCUAUUGGUGAUGAAUGUUUUUGUUUGUUUUAAUUUUUUGUCACGAGCGCACUUUAAGCUUUAAAAAAGAUGUGAUUGCUGUUCCUGGGAGUAUUCUAAAGCGGGAACUUAUUUUCCAAUUGAGAAAGUGUAUGACCUGGUUAGGUGACUUUCAGCAGUGUAAAAUUUCAGCAGAGAUACUUAUCUCCCAAGUAAGCUAAAGCUGGUCUUUUGUUUUUUUUGUGGAAGAAGGUUUCUGAACCAGAGUUCCCUGACUUAUAACUGAGCCAUCAAGGUUAAGUAGUGAGCUCCUAUUUAACACAGACAGAAAUGGUGAGGAGGUGUUGGACAGGUGAAUAAGAACUAUUGCAGAAACAGUUCAGAAACUGGCACUUGCUCCCUCUCUGUCUCUCUCUGAAAGUCUAAAACUAUCCAAUGAGCAACUGAUUUGAACAGUGAACAAGUUGGAUGAAAGUCUAAAACUAUCCAAUGAACAGUGAACCAGUUGGAUGAAAGUCUAAAACUAUCCAAUGAACAACUAUCAACAGUUCCCUUCCAGGCAUGUGCCAGUCUGUCAGUUUAUCAUCUGCCUCAGGCCACUUUAAGAAAAAUGAAGAAAUGUUCAGAGAAAUGGACAGUCAUUUCAGUUUCUUUUUGUAUUCUCAGGAGUGUGGAGUUUCAUUCCAGUAGCAGAAGUUAAGCAGAAAGCAAUCCAUGGUCUUAACAUUUCCUUCCAAUGAUACUAGUAACAGCAACUUUGUUCUUUAAGAAAUUAAAGAUUAUUAUCUAGCACUAGACUUUGAGCCAAAUCACCCUGUGAUAAUCAAAGCAGACAAUGAAAAAACUGAAUCCAGUGGAUUUCUGAUUUUAUUGAAAUAUCACUGCAAACCUCUCCUACACCUUCUCACUUGUGUAAUGAGUAUCAUGAUCUUUGCAAUUGUGUGUUUUUAUUUAAAUGCCCACUUUCUCUUACUUGAUUUUUUUUUUCUCCAAUGGAAGACAGACAGAAGGAUGUCACUUGUCACUCUGUAAGCUUUUCAGUUGACUAAUGUUACUGAAUUAAAGGUCUUGCCUGGUCUCAGUCACUAAAGUGCUGUCAGUCCUUCCCAAAAGCUUUGGCCUUUUCACUGGAGAUCUAUGGAAAUGGGAGCAAUGUGGUACAUUAACCAGAACUGUGAAAUGUUGCUCUAUUGUAGAUUAGUUUUAUUUCAUAGUGAAUAGGCAAUAGCAAGAGGGGGAGAACUAAUGAUUUCCAGGUCCUAUCCCUGGCCCCAAAUAUAGUAGAAUUUUUACUAGUUUGAAAAAUAGCUUGAAAACUGAAAUACAUCUAUGAUGGAACAACAUACUGUCAUUUCUAUGAAAUAACUCCCCCUUGUAACAAAAUAAUAAUAACAAUAAUAAUCAUAAUAAUAAUGUAGAUUGAAUUACAAGUUGUGUAAGCCCUGGUUCUGAUUUUGCAUUCUUUUUCAUUGUUAUAAACACUGAGUAAUUUGAUCUUAGUAAUUAAAGCAACACUUUGACAUGGCAUGAAGCAGAACAUAAUUCAGUUACCAGUGCUUGACCUUUUAUAAAUUUUGGUAUCCACUCUCCAAGUGCCUUCUUUCAUAAAAUUGCAUCCUGUGAUCCUUAGCUUUCAAACUUCCUGCAAAGAACCCCUGCAAACAACAGCCUCAGAACUGUGUGAUUGAUUUUCUGACUUUGGAAUUGCCUAAUGUAAAUAGGAUAGAGAAUCAUAGAAAGAGGGGACCUUUAAAGGUCCUGUAGCCCAGAAACUGAGCAGGCACAUCUUCAGUUGGAUCAGGUUGCUCAAAGCCCUGUCCAACCAGACCUUGAAUGUUUCCAGAGAUGGUGCACCCAUCACCUCUCUGGAAAACCUGUUCCAGUAUUUCACCACCUUCACUGUAAAAAGAUUUCUUACUGGCUCCUAUUGGAAUUUGACUUCCAGUUUCCUAAAAUGACUUGCAUAUUUUAAAAAAACCAAAACCAUGGAGAAAGACCUUGUGCAAAAGGGGGCAGAAUAUUUUACCAAUAGAAAAUUGAUUCCCAGGUCUUUUGUUGAUGAUCAAUGAUGCAGAGCAUUUUUAGAAUAAUUUUAUUUAUCUGUAGGAUAAAUGGCUACAGAACAAAACUAGAGGUGUGGAAAUGUGGCAGAUGUAAUGGGCACACCAGUUGUUUGGAAUAUCAAAUUUAAUACAUAAAUGUAUUAAUGACUACCUACCCACAGUCAUUUGGACAUAGAUACAUGAAGUUCACCUGUGUGAAUCUCAGGUGAUGAAGUAAUAGGAGGCACUGGAAUCACCUUCGCACUGUUUCAAUGCAAUCUAGGUCUGACUCAGCAAAAGCAGUGCCUUCAGUCACACAGAGGCAGAACACUUUCACUGUAAUAUUCUGCAUGAAUGUGCUGCUUCAAGAUUUGCUUCAUGUUCUGUGCUUUUUGGUGUAGUUAUGUCCUAAAAUUCUGAAAUAGUAUUGCUGCUCCUUGCUGUUGCAAGGUGUCUUUCCUCUCCUUCCUAACAAUAUUGCAAUUAUUUCAAAGCAGACAUUCCUCCCCUCUCUGAAAGUGCUAACCUCAAACUGUCUUCUACAUUACUGAAGUUUAUGAUAAUGUGAUGAAUGAAUGUUUUGAUCCACUUGCUUAUAGUUGAAUGAAAUAUAUUUUGCUGACAAUAAAAA